AUGAUUGAUUUCGCGGGACCUAAUCUGUCUUCGACACUGCUGUUGACUUUUGCAGCGAUCAUUCUGUACCCAACAGCCACCGUGAUAUAUAAUCUCUUUUUCCACCCUUUACGAAAAUUUCCAGGUCCGAUAUUAUGGAGAUCAAGUCGAUUACCAUAUAUUAUCUCUCUGGUGCGAGGUAACCUUGUAUUAGACCAGAUGAAAAUCCACGAAAAGUAUGGCGAAGUAGUUCGCUUGGCUCCAAAUGAAAUAUCCUUCACGAAGGAAGAAGCUUGGAAUGAUAUUUAUGUACAUCGACCGGGUCAUGCAGAUCCUACUAAGGAUCCUGUAUGGUAUAAAGCACCGGAUGAGAUGCCUCAGAAUAUUGUUACGUCUCUUGAUACAGAGAGACGUGCUCGAUUUCGAAAAGCGCUCAGUACUUCGUUUACCGAGACUAGUCUGCGGAAUCAAAUUCCUCUGAUGGAGUCUUUCGCAGACUUACUUAUUGAUCGCUUGGAUGAUUUACUCAUGAGUUCCACAUCCCAAGAAAAUGGCACAAUCAUAGAUGUCUUCCAAUGGGUUAGCUGGUUCACAGUCGAUGUUGUUGGCGAACUUGCGCUAGGCGAGUCUUUUGGUUGUUUAGCAAACAGCGAACUUCAUCCCUGGGCCAACACCCUAAAUAAUUUUCUAAGAGGAAUGGUAUAUGCAGCGGCCACAAGAUGGUAUCCAUUCAUCGAGACAAUGGUCUUCAAAUUACUCCCGAAAAGCGUGAUGGAGAUGCAAAGAAAACAUUCAGAGUUCGCGAAUGAUCGGAUCAAUAAACGCCUAAAUCUGCAAAAGCAAAAGCCGGACUUUGUUGCCUCGUUCAUGAAAGAUAAUGUGGACUUCCACAAGAUUUCUUUGAAGGAAACUCAGUCAAACUUGGCCAUUCUUUUGGUGGCUGGAAUAGACGUAACCGCAACAUCGAUUUUAGGAACGUUACUUUACUUGGUUCAGAACCCAGAUAAAUUGCACAAACUUGUCUCUGAGAUUCGAGAGACGUUUCAACGUGAGGAGGACAUCAAAAUUGCGACACUCCGCGGUCUUGCAUACCUCAAUGCGGUAAUAAAUGAAGGAUUGAGACUUACAAAUCCGGUUCCGGGUGGUCUUCCUCGAAUUGUUCCCCCAGGUGGUGAUACAUAUGCCGAUACAUUUGUACCCGCAGGUAUUUCCGUCCGACCCUACGCUAUGAGCCGCUCUGAGAAAUAUUUCUCUUCUCCAAAUGAAUUUCACCCAGAACGCUGGCUUCCGAUAGGAAGUCGACCAUCCGGAUUCGAUAAUGAUCAUCUUUCAGUGAGCUAG